GUUGCGAAAAUCGCCGCGCGUUUAAUUGGAUGGUGUUUGUUUACGAGUACCUUGUGGGCUGAGAUCACAGGAGAAGAUAAUGCUGUUAGAUGCUUAAGGAGAAAAAAAAUGAAAGGAGUCAUCAAAAACUGAGCCCUGCUGGUAAGAGGAGGAUGGUUUGGGAUCAGAGCGAGAACACUUCCUAGGGAGAAGUGCUUGUUUUACAUGGCAAGAAGAUAAAGAGAUGGGCUCUAGAAAGAGUAUUGUUGGGGGGAGAUGAUGGCAGUCAGCCUUUUUCUGUGUCCUGCUGUUACUGUGCUCCAAAUAAUGGCGUUUCUGCCUGUUCUUUUAAUGCCAAGUCUGUAUUGACUCCAUUCUAAUCCGUUUCAAAAGUAGAUGCGGUUGUGUUAUUUUGGCAAAUAUCCUCAGCGUGGUCCCACCGGUCUUUGUCGUGUUGUCAGAGACGUCGUUGACUGCACCAGAAUGUUUUUGCAUUGUCAGCAAUAAAUUAUUUCUCGGCAUUAGUUGCAGGGGAAAAAGCAGUACCUGUGGCUUUGGUCGGGGGUGGAUCUGUAUUCUGAUGUGUGUCUCCUCAUCGUAUGUUGAGAGGAAGCUGUUGCGCAGAUUAAGUAGAAAAUGCCUCAGUACCACAAGUUCUGAGAUGUUUCUUGAAGGUAGUAAAGAAAUUAUCUGUGUUAUUUUGAUAGAAUGCUGCAAAGUCACAUACGUGUUACUGGAACGCGUGGACGUGCCCGGUGUGAUGGCAGGAGGGGCUUUUAUGCUAAUUGGUAGGACAGAUGUGCAUUAAUACGAGCUUUGUAGUGCAGUUAUGGCACAACUGCUUUGUAAAGUUGGAUUGUUCUAACAACCUCUUUGCAGCCCAUCCCGUGGGUCCAACGUGGGCCUUGCGUUAGCGUAGCUUCUCCAGCAGAACAUCUUGGUGCUGAUAAGCCGUGAGAUCUUUGGCGAAUGCGUCUGUGGUUUUGUGAAGCUCCUUCCUAACGUGGAGUGCCAAUGCAGUGAAGUGUGAUCCAGCUGUAGAGGCUGGAACUGGAUUCCCAGGAAUCGGGGAAUUAGCUUCUGGCAGAAAUUUACACGUGGUCAAAACAAGAUACAGAGAUAAAUGGCGUGCUGAAGUUCUCCUCUCGAGCCCUGGAAGGAAUGCAGUGCACUGCAAGUAUAGCUGUCCCCUUAGAUACACACAUCAGUGUGUUGGCUUGUUGUGUGUUUGGAUUAUCUUCAGGCUAUAUACCCGCUUUGGAUUUGGUUUUCCUUACUGUGAAUUCUAAACCCUUCAAGGAAAUGAGUAGACUGAGAGGCUGUUUUCUGUUGUUCCAGCAUUUCCUUCCAGAAUGAUACUGUUGCAGUAAAAAAAACAUUGCUUUAUCUGCUGAAGUCAUCCAAUGAAUCCUGUCCAGUUUGAUUCUUUUAGGCCAUAUUAAAAAGAAAUGCAGAGACUGUUGAAUGAAGCAAACUGUGCUCAUCAGCUGUCUUAUAACUAUUAGGACUGAAGUGAUAGCUUUAGUGAGGUUUGAACCAGUUAUUUCUUCCUCCUGCUUUUGUCAUUCCAUUGAAAAGUUGGUGGUUGGAUACUUUAAUGACAGCAAAUCAUGUUCAAAUUUAUAAGUCUCACGCAUUAACACUUGCUAUGAAUUGUUACUGAGUUUAAGGCUAACUUUUCAUUUCACUUGUACUGUUUGAGACUUGUUAACUGUAGGUGAGAAGAGGGGAUGUGUUUUAUGCUGGUACAGGAGGAUUGCAAAGCAUGCUGCAGGCCACGAGCUCCUGCAGUUGGUCAGUGCAGAUCUGAGGGAGGAGAGUUGCAGCUGUGAUAGUCUGAUGCAGCAUUCCCUACUGAAAAAGCGCUGCAAGGCCUCGCUGUAACACUGAGCUCCUUGGUUUGGAAGGAGUCACAGCAUUUUCUUCACGGGGUUCUGCUUGUGGUUAAGGUUGCCAAUGUAUUGGGCGGGAAUCCUCAGGAUGGUUAAAGCUGACGCGUUGCCAGCGCUUUCUGAAGGUGACGUCUCCUCUGUUGCUCUCCUGUUUGCAGACCCGAAGUUACCUGAGCUGGCUGAUUUCACUAGUUCUCCACCAGGCCCAAAAGUCAGACCUCAGCCUCUCUGUGAAACGGAUAAUAGUUGGUAAAAUGAUACCUCUAAACUUCAAUUUCAGUCGCCUGCAGAAUGUGCCAGCCCAGCAGCUGCUUGUUAGUAUCUAACAGCACCUGACAGCACCACGCGGUACCAUAACCACCUGAAGUCGAUGGAGCACUUUUAGAUUAGCUCUCUUGGUUCAGCUGAACGUGUCCCAGCUACAAGAUGGCAUUACUGAUGCCCUCAUGAGAACCCUGUAACUCUUAAUGACCACUUAGGAAGUGUGAAGGCUUCUUUCCUUUGAAGUAGCCGUAGUUCUGUGAUGGUUGGGAAGAUUCGUGCACUAUUAACUCAUUGCUUCCAGCGCCAGCACUACGCAUGCGUAGCUCGGUGAUUUUCAUCUCAGUCACUUGGAUACCUCGCUUGAUGUCUGUCUGGGAUGUAGCAUAGAGCAGCUUGCAGGAAAUAUAUUCAGGACCAUCAGGCUCUGUGAAAUUUUGAUAUUUCACAUGUUAUUUGCAAACUUCGUGAUUGCGAUAGGAGAACACAAAUAACAUUGUUUGCCUUACUCUGUCUGCGCAGCUCCUGAGAUAAGAAGCCAAGCGACAUAGGAAGAUGAUGGUUGCGUUUAGACUCUUUGUCAAACACGUUGUCCAUUUUUGAAAUGCCAUUUGAGGGUAGCAGGUUGUUUGACACACAUGGGCACACAGGAUUAUGAAUAGUGAAGACAAUGAAGAGUGGGACAUCCAUCAAAGACUGACAACCCCUCGUAAGGUGACUAGUGCGACCUCAUGACGCUUCUGUAAAAGGCAGAUUCAGCUAGGAUGUUACACCAUCACUGUCGGAGAAACCCUGAACUACAGGAAGAGUUGCAGAUUCAGGCUGCAGUUGCUGCUGGCGAUGUUCACACCGUGCGCAAGAUGCUGGAGCAAGGAUAUUCUCCAAAUGGUCGAGAUGCCAAUGGCUGGACCUUGCUUCAUUUCUCGGCAGCAAGAGGGAAAGAGAGAUGUGUCCGUGUUUUCCUUGAACAUGGAGCUGAUCCCACAGUUAAGGACUUAAUUGGAGGCUUCACUGCUCUGCAUUAUGCAGCCAUGCAUGGCCGAGCGAGGAUUGCACGCUUGAUGUUGGAAUCUGAAUAUAGAAGUGACAUUAUUAAUGCAAAAAGCAACGAUGGUUGGACUCCCCUCCAUGUAGCAGCCCACUAUGGCAGAGACUCAUUUGUCAGGCUCCUGUUGGAGUUCAAGGCUGAGGUUGAUCCGCUCAGUGAUAAAGGUACCACACCGCUUCAGCUGGCCAUUAUCCGAGAGAGGUCAAGCUGUGUGAAAAUCCUCCUGGAUCACAAUGCCAACAUCGACAUUCAAAAUGGUUUCCUGUUACGAUACGCUGUGAUCAAAAGCAAUCACUCUUACUGCCGAAUGUUCCUUCAGAGAGGGGCGGACACAAACUUGGGUCGCUUGGAAGAUGGACAGACGCCCUUACACUUGUCUGCUCUUAGAGAUGAUGUGCUUUGUGCACAAAUGUUAUAUAAUUACGGAGCGGACACUAACACAAGGAACUAUGAAGGACAGACCCCACUGGCUGUUUCAAUAAGUAUUUCUGGAAGUAGCCGACCCUGUCUGGAUUUCUUACAAGAAGUGACAAGACAGCCCAGAAACUUGCAAGAUCUAUGCCGAAUUAAAAUCCGACAGUGUAUAGGCCUUCAAAACCUAAAACUCCUUGAUGAACUACCCAUUGCCAAGGUCAUGAAAGACUACUUAAAACACAAAUUUGAUGAUAUCUGAUAUCCAUGAAGAGAAGAACUCUGAGCAAGAUUAGUUAUAUUCCAGAUACUGAAGAGGCUUGUUGCCUUGCACAAAGUAUAUCCUAUGCAAAUUCUGAUUUUUCUGUGAAGUCAGAAGGCAGGUAUACACUUCCUUGGGUUUUUUAUACCACACGCUAGAAGGUCUUAAUUUUUGGUUUCUUGGUCCAAGUUUACAAGGUCCAAGCUUUCUAUACGAUAUUACAUUUUAAAAGUUGCUGUUGGGUUUUCAUUUGUUUGUUUUCACAUUAAGUGUGCGGACUUGCGGUGGAGAUGGAAUGUAGCCUCUCAAGGGAAGUGACUGGUUUGAAUUGGCAUGCUGAGCAAUUAUUCAACAAAGAGUUUGGAAAUCAAGGCACCAGUCCUGCAAAGGGAUACUGAUAGAGAGACCUUCAGAGCCCUGUUGUCUGUUGGAGCUACCAGGGCGUAUGUUUUUGCAGGAUAGAGGGAAGAGUUGAUAAUCAAUGUGUAAUUGGGUACUGUAUGAAUAUAAUUUGGAAAUUAAAAAAGGAAAAAAAAAAAAAAAGGAAAAAAAUGCAGUCACCCUAUUAAAUUUGAGGGUCUAUAGAUUGGCUCUUUUAUUUUAUUCUCUUCCUUAUUACUGUAGUUUGGAUGCCCAUAAAAUUCAGGCCCUCUUCUUUCCCGACAUUCCCUGUAAAACGGGCGGCUGUUUGUAAGUCUGUUUUUAGCAGUGACAGUACACUACAAAGAGGCAUAGCCUCGGUAUUUUUUACAUUAACUUAAGAGUAAACAAAGUUAGAUUUUUGAAGCCAAUGUAUUCUGUUUCUCAUACAGUGCCUCCUGUGCAAUAAUCUUUCUGAUGUAUUUUCCCUUUAUGUGUGAUUUUUUUUCCUCCCCCCCACUAUUCCUCAUUUAGUCUCAGUGCAUUAUUUGUGAGAAUAGGAACUGCUGCCUCACUGUAGUGUUGAUGUGACAUUACUAAAAUGAUGGUGGCAGUUGCUGUUCGUUAUUAAUCCCUGAAUUUCAUGAAUGUAUAACCUGCUUUAUUUCACUUUCAGUUGAAAUUUUAUCUACGGGUUCUCAGCCAAAUUGUGUCCAUUUAAAAAAGAAGAAAUUGGCCAAGCCCUUUUAAUUGUAAAGGCAGUGAUGGAUUUUGUUGUUAUUGCUCUGAAAUUCAAUUUGUUUCAGGUUAGAGAGUGGGAAGUGCACGUAAGCGUUAAGUUGCAUCUUAUAUGUGCACAAACAAGAAAACACCCCCUUCAUAUUGGAAACUUAAAUUUUGCAAACAUCAAGUGGUUUCCUAUUAAUCCGAAAACAGCAACUGAAAGGAGUACUGCAAUUCGGCUACUGAAUGUGUUUUUCAUACUAGGUAUUGAAAAGAUCUGUUAAAGAGCUUUGUUUCUGACCAUAAAAAAUGAAGUUCUUGCUAUCAAAAAAAAAAAAGAUUGGGCCAAAAAUUGCAGUUGUUUCACUCUCUUUAUUUUCAAGGGAUUAUGGAGUCAUCAUAAGGUUCUUGCCAGUGUCUUCUACUUUUGUUUUGCCAUCCUACUGACUCCAGAAGGGCCUCUCUAAUACCAGGAGUGCUUUUAUACCAAUUAUACCAAUGGAAGCGGGAAGAUGGAAGGAACAAUGGUGGCUUUUAAUUUUAACACUGUCACUUUCAAAAUAUUUAGUAUUAAAAAUAUAUAAAAAAAAAAAAAAAAGGCAAGAGAAGCAGGUAUACUCAUUUAACUGUGCUAGUUCCUUUUAAUAUCUUAGAGCCCCAGGUUGCAGUUCCUUGAGCAUGAACGUUAUCACUGAUAAUGGCUGCACCAGGGACUAUGGCAAGCAGUUGUCUCCCUGUUGUGCCCAACCUUGCAUCAGGUUUCCUAGUGAAAAUAAGUGAUUUUGGAGAUUUAUGACUCAGAGGAUUGGUGAUGGGAUGUUGAACCUUUUUAUCUCUAACUUGCAGUGGUUCAAGUCCAGCCUGCUCGAGCAGUGACUAAAAGUAAAUGUGAGCAGCAGGAGCACGCGUGGCCACCUCUAGGCAGUAGAGCUUGAUGAUGCUCCUGCAGGUGACAUGAGAUGGUGGUGGCACUGUCACGGAGACAAACUGUGUGUGUGGCUGGGGUGUGCACAUGAGCCCGGGUGCGUGAGGAGUCCUUCAGCUUUUCCCGAAGCAGGAAGGGUCGGCCCUUAGGAUCUUUAAGCUCUGAGACACUAUGGAAGUUAGGAACUGGCAGAUUUGAAGCAUGAAUCUUUGCUUUUGUGACAUGAGAUCAGAACCUUAAAACUGCUUUUUUUUCCUUUAAAUACUUAGCAUUGUUCACUACACCUGUAAGUUGGUCUAAACCAAUAUCCUUCCCCAUUGAAUUUUUACAGUAACAUUUUCUAAGGUAAUCUAGAGUAUAUUUUAGUUGCAAUCUAUAUUAAGGCAAAUUAUUUGUUCUGUCUGUUGCUGUGACUGAAGAAAAUUAUGGAAGACUUUGGUAACAAGAGUGCUAUUUAAUGAAGAAAUGUGUAAUUCCAUUAUUUAUUGUUUGAGGUUUGUUUUUUGGUUAUUUCUUCUAAGUAACUGACAUCUAAAGGGAACACACAUACACUUCAGGCCAGUAAAAAGCCUUUCUUUUGAAUUCAUUUUCAUCCUAUCCUCUUUCUCCUCCCCAAGGUGGAGGGAAGCCCUCAUUUCUUAUAUGCUAAGCCAUCUCUUGCAGCUGGUUUCCCUGACCUUGAUUCAGCGAAGCACUGCAGCACGUGUAUUUCUGAACCUACUGAUAGUUCUGUUCUCUAUCCUAAUUUAUACAUGUGCCCAAGUGAAGUAUGAUUAUUAAUUUGUUAAUCCUACCCAAAUUUCAAUAAUGUGGAAUCUGGUCUUUUUUUAUUAUUUUAAAUAUUGUGCACAAAUACUUUGAGGAAGAAAAUGGAUUUUGUUUUUUUUUUUUUUCAUUUGGACUAGAAUGUGGAAAAAGAAGUGCAUAACACAGUUUUGUUGUGUAGCCUAGUUCCAUUACCAUAAAAUUCACAGUUGAACACUUUUAUUAAACCUUUAAAAAUUGGCAAAUACACCAAAGAAUCAAUAUGAGUAAAAGACUCUGAUCAUUAACAAACUGCAAACCUCAUCCUUUAAAACAAAGCGGAAAGUUUUUGUAAAUAUUCAUGUUUAUAAAUGUACAGCAGAUUAAGAGUGUUUUUUAGAUUAUUUAAUUACCAUAUUUCUAAACUAUUUACAUUAUAGACAAUACUUGUUAGUUUGAAAAGCUCUUGAGUGUUUUUUUGUUUGUUUGUUUUGUUUUUUUGUUUUAUAAAUUCAUUAUCACUCAUGCUUGGAAUAACUUUGGCUUCCUUGGGAUAGCACGGAAAACUCAUUUUUUGGCUCUAGUUGGCGAUAGUAGGAGAACACAUCUGGACAGACUCAUCAGAAACACCCUGAGGCAAAAGAGAAUAUGUAGCAUGUUUACCAGGGUGGACCUGGACUAGCUGAAAGAUUUGGGAUCCUAACUUUCUCAGUUAAAUCUGUCCAGAGCCCCCAGUGAUGUUGUAACAAGAGCAACUCCCAACCUUCCCACAAGUCCAGCUUCCAUGCAACUCUGUGUUAUCAAUAUCACGAUGUAUUUUGUUCUUCCUUUGCAAUGUAAGCUUUUGCUUUGGGUCAAUUCAAAUUUUAAGAAGAAAAAGAAGUUGAAUCUGGUUAAAAACCUUUUUUUUGGUUUAUAUUCUGUUUAUUUCCAAUGUAACAUUUUAAUAACAUGAUACCACUUUACGCAUUUUUUUUCUCAAUGUUUGUCUGUCUCUUCCACUCCUUUUCCCAUCUCCAGAGCACGUUAUUCUGGUAAUGCAUUUGGUACUCCAAUUUGCCCCCUCGAGUAGGAGUUCAGAUGUGCAUUUUACCAGUAAAUCAGAGAAUAAAACUCACUCUGCACACUAGAGCUGGGCUUCAGAAGGGGGAACAAGCUGGUCUCUAGUUAUGAAUAGUUGGGUUUUCCCUGCUCCGAUUCCAGUGCAACCACUUCAAGGUCUUCCAAAAGUUUCACCUUUCCUUCUCAAGUUCAUAGGCUGACUAAAACACAUAAAUGGACCAAAUAGAGGUCACGCUUUGCAGAUGAAUCUGUUCUGUGUCUAUUUACUAAUAAAAGUUGAAUAAGGGGCCUCUAUGUGAAUACUCCUGGCAUGCAAAUGGGAACUGGAAGCAAUUGGCUUCAGUCAUGAGAGUGAUGUAUAAGCUAAAGUUGCAGUAAAGUUUUGAACCCUAAAAAUCUGGAGAAGGAGCAGCCUAGAUUAAAAAACAUAAGCAUUACUGCUAAAGGGGGAGAGAGGGGGGAGAUGUUUUCCAUUGCCCGGUAGCAAACUAUGCAAACAUCGCUGGAGUACAUAAGCUCUGCAACCAACAGUUGUGUUUAGAACUGUUGAUGAUAGUUGCUAACAGACUGG